AUGUUGGUCAAAGAAUUGUACCGACGAGAGCCGAUGGGACGGUUUCUGUGCUCAGGUCACAGCGGCGAAACCGAAUAUGGAGGGAUAAGCUCUGCCGUUCUGAUCAAGCCGUCCCUCAAACCUGAUCCCCUUCGUCCAAGAAGCCAACACAUCAUCGCUAUGGCCAUCUCAACGGUCUUUAUCGCUUUGAAUCAGAAACUUUUUGACCAUGCUCUGCAGUCAACAGCCCUUUCACUUCUCCUCAUACCCCUCAUCUACGUCAUUGCAAACGAGUUCAUCCGCUCCAAGGCCAGGAUAGCCAAGCUCGAUGGUCCUCGAGGCCUGCCCCUAAUCGGUAAUCUGUUGGACAUCCGGGUCAACGCAGCAGAGCAAUACCGCAAAUGGGCCAAGAAGUUUGGACCUGUCUACCAAAUCCAGCUGGGGAAUGUCCCCGUCGUCGUUGUGAACUCUUCUGCGGCGGCCAAGGCGCUUUUCGGGCAAAACGCCCAGGCGCUCAGCUCACGUCCGGAGUUCUACACGUUCCAUAAGGUGGAUUCAGAACUCCCCGAGUCAAAGGAAUGGAAAGCAGUGUGCAAGGACUCUAACAGGAGAUGCCGGGAAAAACAGAUUCUGUCUGACACCGCCGGCACAACUAUUGGUACUUCGCCAUACAGUGACUCCCUCAAGCGCCGCCGUAAAGGCGCUGCGUCGGCACUGAACCGACCCUCGGUGGCGACCUAUGUGCCUCAUCUCGAUGUCGAGUCCCGCGACUUUAUCAAGGAACUAUAUGAGUAUGGAAACGCUGGACAGACUGCUGUCGACCCUAUGCCCAUGAUUCAGCGCCUGUCGCUGUCCUUAGCCUUGACACUGAACUGGGGAGUCCGGAUGAGCAGCCAAAAGGACGGGCUCUUCAAGGAGAUUACCCACGUCGAGGAAGAAAUCAGUCGCUUCCGCUCCACCACUGGCAAUCUCCAAGACUACAUCCCCUUGCUCCGCCUCAACCCGAUCAACACGCACUCAGCCAAGGCGAGAGAUGUGCGAAACCGACGCGACGUCUAUCUCACGGCGUUGAACAGGGGCCUCGACGAGCGCAUGGCCAACGGCACCCACAAGCCGUGCAUCCAGGCGAACGUGAUCAUGGACAAGGACGCGAAGCUCGACAAGGCGGAGCUGACUUCCAUCAGCCUGACGAUGCUCUCGGGAGGGCUUGAUACCAUCACGACGCAGGUGGCUUGGUUCGUGGCCAUGCUGGCUCAGCGACAGGACAUUCAAGAAAAGGCGGUCGCGGCGAUUCGCGAGUUCUACGAAGAGAAGCAGCCCAUGUGCGAUGCCGAGGACGACCAGCAGUGCAAGUACAUCGUUGCACUGGUUCGCGAGUCACUCAGAUACUAUACUGUCCUUCGACUUGCCCUCCCCAGAGCUUCCGUGCGCGAUGUCCCUUACGGACAGACGAUAAUCCCCAAAGGGUCCGUCAUCUUCCUCAACGCAUGGGCGUGCAAUAUGGACUCUGAAGUUUGGUCCGAUCCUGAAGUAUUCCGCCCCGAACGCUGGCUGGAACAGCCGGAUGCGCCUCUGUUUACGUACGGUGUUGGCUACCGCAUGUGCGCCGGCUCUCUUCUGGCCAACCGCGAGCUGUACCUCGUCUACAUGAGGUUGCUCAACAGUUUCAAGGUCGAGAAGUACGACGACGUUGACCACCACCCCGUCUCCGGGAACGCCGAUCCCACUUCUCUCGUUGCGAUGCCGAGGCCGUUCCGGGCGAAGUUUGUGCCUCGGGAUAUCAACACGCUGAGCCAAGCUUUGAGGACCACCGAGGAGAAGUCUUAG